UGAAAGGAUGAAUAUUAAGGGACAGAACAUCCACGGAUUCCACGGAAGGCUGCGUUUCGCCAUCCGGUGCGCGGCCGGCACGCACAGCCACAGCCUCCUACCCAGCACCACGGUGGACGCGGCACCUCGGCCGCGGUGCGCGUGCGCGUGCGCCGCCUCACCCCGUCCGCUCGCCGUGGCCGCCUGCCCCCAGUCGCCGCGUGCACCGCCGCCACGUCUCACGCGUCCUCCGCCUCGCAUCCCCGGCCCGUACUCAAAACCGCCCCCCCGGGUACCGCGAGAGAACCGCCGCACCCUAACCGGCAACGUCGCCAACAGACAUGGCCGCCGCGCACCGAUCGGAUCUGUAUUACCGACACGAUCUUUUCAAAAGCAUCCCCGGCCCGACGUCCGAUUGAUUGUUGUUAUUGUUGUUGUUGUUUCGCGUGUGGCUAAACAGAUUGUGUUGGGAAUAUCAGUGUGUGGAGGAAGGUGGUGGUUGGCGAUUAGCUGGUCGUGAGAUUUUGGGUUUUUAGUUUGUCGGAAAGCCCAUCAAAUCAUUGAACCUGGACGUUAUUUUGCGAAGACGAAAAAAAUCGAUCAUUUUCGGUCAACUUCAGGAAUGUGAAAAAGCUGGCGACGAUGAGGGACCAAGGUGGUGCCUGGUCCGGGCGCUAGAACCGCCCCCCUGCCUUUGCCGGCCCUAUGGCCCAGCAUGGAGGCGCACCGUCCGUGCCGCGCGUGCACCAACGCCCUCGGGCGCCCAUCAUGAGCCGCCCGCCGCCGCUCACAGCGCCCCUGGUCCCGCUGCGAACGCCGCCGCCGCCGCCCACGUCGCAGCAGCCGCUGCCCUCAAUCCAACAACCGUCGACCGUUUCGGUCGUGACGGAUACGCGAACGUUAGUAGGAGGAAUAGUAGGAGGAGGAGGACCGGUCAGUCUGAUCCAGCCCAGGCCGGAGAAUGAACGCGCCACCAACGAGUACGUGGAGACGCCGUUCCGGCAGCCGCCUCCGUCGCCGCCGCCGCCCCCUCAGCCACCCCGGUCGCACCAUAGACCCACCAGGCUGCCCCUGCAUCCGCCCCUGCCGCCGGUCGUCACCAAGCAGCCGGGCUCCGGCGGCGGCGUCGGUGGCACGUCCACCUUCGUCAAGGAGCACCCGGCGGCGGCGCCGCUGGACUUGUGCACCAACGCCCGCUCGAGCAUCAUGUGUCCGGAGUGCGGGAGGUGCCGCUGCGACAGCUGUCGGCAGCCGCGGCCGCUGCCGCAACGGUGGGUGUGCAACGACGGUUGCCUGCUGUCGGCCGACUCGGCGGUCGACUACGCGUCGUGUCUGUGCUGCGCGAAGGCGCUGUUCUACCACUGCGCGGAGACGGAAGGCGGCGAGAGCUGCGCGGACGAUCCGUGCGGCUGCGGCCCCGAUCGGCGCAAGACGCGCUGGUGCUGCCUGGCGUCGCUGUCGUGCGUGCUGCCCUGCCUGUGGUUCUACUGGCCUCUGCGAGGCUGCAAGAAGCUCGUCGAGGAGUGCUACGCUAGGCAUACACGUUCGGGGUGCCGGUGUCGCAGGCCCGCCGUGCCCACGCCGGAGAAACGCCUGUUGGACUCGAACUCGGACUUUUGAUGGUGACGGUGAACGUGGGACGUCCAAGUGCGCACAGUGCUCACCGUUCGAUCUGUUGAUGUUGUUUACGGGCGCGUUGCCGGCCGCGACGCCGGCGACGCGGUCGCGACUGCCUUAUAUGUACCUACUACUGUAAAACGCUGAGGGAGGUCCGCCGCCGCUCGAACCCCCGCAACCCCGUCCAACCACAUUUCUAGUCAACCAGACGAAACUCACUCACAAUUGUAGUUACAACAGACCUCUUCGACCUUUUUUUGUUUUAUUUUAUUUUAUUUUUUCAACUUGAAACCUUGAACAAACUAAACUUAUCGGUUGGGGGUUCGAUCGACGACCGACCGCAACACAAUUAAUUUAUUUUUUUUUUUGUAAAUAAGUGUAACUCUAUAACUGAACUCAAUGAUAUUCCGUGCUUAAUGCCGUGUGCCCUGAUGGUAGUGACCGCAAAACCUCGACUGACCUCCCGGAACAUGCGCAGUUGUGUCCCCCCUCCAAAAACCUCUUCCUCCCACAUUAUUUUGUUUUUGUAAAUACUGUUUUAAUUAUUAUUAUUUUUUUAAAAAGCAUAUUCGGUAAACUGUUCUAAAAGAAAACGUUAAAUGUUUGCAGAGAGGGCACCGGUAGAAUACCGCGGUUCCCAGUAUUAUCUAGUCUUGUGCUCUGAUGAGACCGCGUCCGACCUUUAUCACGACCACAAAAAACGCUAAAUUAUUAUUAUUAUUAUUAUUAUUGUUACGGUUCUGGUGCUUAUUUGGGAGAUGAUUUUAAAGUCGUUUUUGACUAUGGCAUGAAUUUUUUCCAUUGUAAUUAUGUUCGACAUUCUAAUUAUUUCCUCAGGUACUGAAAUUAUUUUCAUGUUUUCGAAAUAUACCAAUCGAAAACAGUUUGAUCUAGCUGAAUUUUGAGAGAGACAUCAUGCACGACAGAGACAGAAAAAGUCUGCAAAUUUGCUUCGUAGUGGGAAUCUUUUAAUGUCUCUGUCAUGCAUGAUGUCUCUCUCAAAAUUCAGGCUUUCCAAUCGGUAUAAGUUUGACAAAUGAUAUUAAAUUUGUAAAUUAAAUAUUUAUUAUAUAUUUUUUAUUAUUAUCAAGUAUCGAUAGAUAACUAUUUCAUUUUUAUUAAAUACAUUUAAUGAAAACCAAAGAUCAAAAUUCCAGUUUAAUAUUUAUUAAAUUGUUUGAGGCGUCCAAAUAAAGAAAUAUUUUCAUGUUUUAAUAUUUGUAUAUUUUAUUACCAGUAAUUAUUUUAUUUUAAUAAAUAAUUAUUUACUGUUAUAUGACAAAAACCAAAUAUUCUAAUUUAAUAUUUUUUGGUUCAUUCAUUUUUUCUUAGUAAGGACAUAUUUUUUAUAUAUUUUAUCAUAUAUAUAAUUUUGGACAAAAAUGAAAUUAUUUUAUGUUUAUUAAAAUAAAAUAGAAUACUUACACAUACAAUUUGAUGUAAAUACAAUUUUACGAUAAUAAAAAUGUGUAAUGUGAUCAAUAUUAAGAAAACAAUCAUUUCAACGAGUUGCUUUUCUUAAAAGUCAUUUCCCAUUAAACAAAAAUGCGCCUCGAACAUAAAAAAAACCCUCGAAAAACGAGAGCCGAUAAAAUUCCUGGGUUCCAUUGAUUUCCCCCCUAGCCGAACGCCGAAAUUUCGGUGGGUUUCGGUUUCGUGGAACCCCGGGCCGUUUCACCAGGUAGUCGUGAGAAAAGUCGGACGCGGUCAGAAAAAGGUGUGAAUGUGCCUGUAAAUAAAUGAAAAUGGGACGAGUGUGUGUCAUUUAAAACAAAAAAAACAUAUUAUAUACCUAUAUAGCACUGAAAAUCUAGGGCGGUUUUCGGAUGUGAGUUAUUAAUGAAACAUUAUUGUAUUUUCUACAUGGCCUGGUUUAUGUUAUGUACACACGACAGGGUGUUUCACGCGCGAUGGAACGAAUUGUAACGCCGUUUUUUUUAUAUUACAAUUAUUGUAAAUGUUUCGCUGUAUGUCUUUUUAACUUUAGGUACAUCCGGCUUGCGGUCUUUUUCCGGCGGGAAGAGACCGGAAGACGCAAUUGUCGGGGGCAGCGUUGAUCUGUGCGAUCGGGAAGAUGUUUUCGUUUCCAUCCGAAUGGAACAGAUAGUCGCUAUUGUGCUGCACGAGGUGUAAACUGUGAUAAGACACCGAGAUAACGAACGCGCCACUUCAAUGCUGCCUUUUAUUACACGUAAUCGAUCCGUUAUUCAUAUUCUCUAUAAAUAAUACGUAUAUAAAAAAAAGUUGUAAGUGUUAUAAAAUUUACACGCAAAUAGAUCAGUGUCAGAUAAAUAACUUAUGUCUACACAAACAAUAAAUGUUCGAUGUAACCAGUCCAUUGGAUCGCAUUUCGUAGCGCAUGUACGUAAAGUGAGUAUGGCUGAAAUAAAACCGACGAGCCAAACCACAAAAAAUUUAUUAUACAUACAAAACCACUUAACUCGAUCGUGCGGUUUUAUUUCGGAAGUUUAGCAAAUCAAAACCAAACCACGCAUAAAAUGCACACACACGCACGUUAUUUUUAUUUCUUAUUAUUAUUAUUAUUAUUUUUCUAAUAUUCCUCCCUCUCGAGAAAAAUGAAUGUCCCACGUUUUGGUUUAGUAAACUUCAUACGUUUUGUAAAGGAGGGCAAUACUCUCACUAUAUUCGAGUGCCAAAAUGGCAUCCAAGCUGUAAAGCAAUUGUAUACAUGUACAUAUACUGUAAUAUUAUUAUCUAAUGUCAAUAACAAAGAAACCAACAAAUUUAAAA